CUUGUAAACACUUUGCCCUGAAUUUCGAAGAGCGGCUGCUCAGAUUCUGCCCAUUCCUAGAUUCUCUCUCUCUCAGUUGAAAGUUGAAACGAUGUCUUCGGCUAGUGAAGCUGCUUGCUCUUACGCUGCAUUGAUUCUCCAUGACGAUGGCAUCCCCAUUACCGCUGAGAAGAUUGCAACUUUAGUUAAAGCUGCAAAUGUUUCGGUUGAAUCAUACUGGCCGAGUUUGUUCGCUAAGCUUUUCGAGAAGUGUGAUAUUGAGAAUCUCAUAACGAAUGUUGGUGCUGGUGGCGGCGGUGCUCCGGUCGCUGCCGCUGCACCCGUUGCCGCAGCCGGUGGUGGUGCUUCUGCUCCUGCUCCUGCUGAGGAAAAGAAGAAGGAAGAACCGGAGGAGGAGAGCGAUGAUGAUUUGGGAUUCGGUUUGUUUGAUUAGAAAGAUCCUUUCAGUUCCUGUUUUGGUUUACAUUACUCGUUUAAUGCAUUAAGCUUUGACGGUAGCUGUUGUUUUGAGUUUUAUCUGUGUUAGUUUUUGGCUGUUUUGAGUAUUCUUCUGAGAAUUGCGUGUUUGAAUCUUGUUUAUGCAUACAAUCCUUGUCUGACGCAUUUGUAAAAGUUUUCAAGUGCUUCAUUUCAUGUGGUUCAAUGGUUUGAAAUACAGCUCUUCUUCUUUU